GCAAGGGGCCCGCGAGCGGAAGUGACGUCGCCCGCGCCCACGUGGUCAAGCGUGGUUCCUGAGGGUCGUGUACUGCAGGGCCUGGGAAGUUAGGAGUUCGUGUACUCGUCCAAGACCUGGCCUAGCGCUCCGGUUCCGGUCCCGUCGGCAAGAUGGUGAAGCCCAAGUACAAAGGACGGAGCACCAUCAACCCCUCCAAGGCCAGCACAAACCCUGAUCGAGUGCAGGGAGCAGGAGGCCAAAACAUGAGGGACCGGGCCACAAUCCGGCGCCUGAAUAUGUACCGGCAAAAGGAGCGCAGGAACAGUCGUGGCAAAGUGAUUAAGCCUCUGCAGUAUCAGUCAACAGUGGCUUCCGGCACAGUGGCGAGAGUGGAACCAAAUAUUAAGUGGUUUGGAAACACACGUGUGAUUAAACAGUCAUCAUUACAAAAAUUUCAAGAGGAAAUGGGCACAGUUCUGAAGGACCCAUACAAAGUUGUCAUGAAGCAAAGCAAGUUGCCCAUGUCUCUUCUCCAUGAUCGGAUCCAGCCUCAUAACUCAAAGGUGCACAUUCUUGAUACUGAAAGCUUUGAAACUACAUUUGGCCCGAAGUCACAGAGGAAGCGACCAAACUUACUUGCUAGUGAUAUGCAGUCUCUUCUAGAAAAUGCAACAAUGUCCACUGAGAGCUAUGAUCAGGGCAAGGAUCGUGACUUGGUCACUGAAGACACUGGUGUCAGAAGUGAAGCCCAAGAAGAGAUCUAUAAGAAGGGACAGUCCAAAAGAAUAUGGGGUGAGCUUUACAAGGUGAUAGAUUCUUCAGAUGUUGUAGUUCAAGUUCUUGACGCUAGAGAUCCGAUGGGUACCCGUUCCCCUCACAUUGAGACUUACUUGAAGAAGGAAAAACCCUGGAAACACCUAAUUUUUGUUCUUAACAAAUGUGACCUUGUUCCAACCUGGGCGACAAAACGUUGGGUGGCUGUCCUCUCCCAGGAUUACCCGACCCUUGCCUUCCAUGCAAGUCUUACUAACCCCUUUGGCAAAGGAGCCUUUAUUCAGCUUCUCCGGCAGUUUGGAAAGCUACACACUGACAAGAAGCAGAUCAGUGUCGGCUUCAUUGGCUAUCCAAAUGUUGGCAAGAGCUCUGUGAUAAACACAUUGCGCUCCAAGAAAGUUUGCAACGUGGCCCCCAUUGCAGGUGAAACAAAGGUCUGGCAGUACAUCACCUUGAUGCGUCGGAUAUUCCUUAUCGACUGUCCAGGUGUGGUUUAUCCCUCCGAAGACUCGGAGACAGACAUUGUGCUGAAAGGAGUGGUUCAAGUUGAAAAAAUAAAGACUCCUGAAGACCACAUCAGUGCUGUACUUGAACGAGCAAAGCCAGAAUACAUCAGCAAGACCUACAAGAUUGAUUCUUGGGAGAAUGCUGAGGACUUCCUUGAGAAGCUGGCAUUCCGGACUGGGAAGUUACUGAAGGGUGGAGAGCCGGACUUGCAGACUGUGGGCAAGAUGGUUCUCAAUGACUGGCAGAGGGGCCGGAUUCCUUUCUUUGUCAAGCCGCCUAAUGCAGAGCCCCCUGCGGCCUCCCAGCUCCCGUCCUCCUCAUCUUUGGAAAUUGCCACAGAAACCAGCCAGAAGGACGCUGAAGAGGAAGUCACCGCAACUGUAGGGGAAGCCUCAGAGCCUGUCACUGAGAAGGAAAACGAGAACAGUUGCUGUGACACAGACUCAGAAAUGCAGCAGAUUCUGGCACGGGUUCGGCAGAAUUUCGGCAAAAUCAAUGUCGUGCCUCAGUUUUCCGGGGAUGACCUGGUCCCUUUGGAGAUGUCCGAUAUCGAUGAAGAGCUUGAGAGCUUUUCCGGAGAGGAGGAGGAGGAGGAGGAGGAGGAACAGGAGCAACCGGAAGACGAGGAAGAGGAGUGUGGCCCAGAGUUCCAGGGAGAACACGUGGGAAAUGACACCAAGGCCGUUAUUAGAGCGCUGGAUGAAAAGAUUGCUAAAUAUCAGAAGUUUUUAAACAAAGCCAAAGCUAAGAAGUUUUCCGCAGUCAGAAUAUCCAAGGGACUAAGUGAAAAGGUUUUUGCAAAAUCUGAAGAACAAAGAGCAGCUGAGGAGGUUGCAGAAGACACAGCACCUACCAAAAAGGGAAAGAAAAGGAAGGCACAGAGGGAAGAGGACCGUUCAAAUAAGACUCGUAGAAUGCUUACAUCUAAGGAACGGAGGCGAGCGGCACGGCAGCAGCAGUCCAAGAAAGUUGGUGUACGCUACUAUGAAACACACAACGUGAAAAAUAGGAACAGGAACAAAAAGAAGAUCAAUGACUCAGACGGACAGAAACACAAACACAAAAAAUUCAAACAUAAGCAGUAACAUUUUAAAAGUUUAUUAAAUUAUACAAAAAUAUGCAAUUAGAAA